AUCACAGGUCGCUAAACAACAUCAACUAAAGACAUGUCUUCUGCAAUUGUUAAGAAGGAGCAAACCGCCCCAGAACAAUCCACCAAGGAACCAAUCCACAGAAUCAGAAUCACCUUGACCGCCAAGAACGUCAAGGCCCUCGAAAAGGUCUGUGCUGAUUUCGUUAGAGAAGCCAAGAACAAGAAGGUCAAGAGAGUCAAGGGUCCAGUCAGAAUGCCAACUAAGAUUUUGAAGAUCACCACCAGAAAGUCUCCUUGCGGUGAAGGUACUAACACUUGGGACAAGUUCGAAAUGAGCGUCCACAAGAGAGUUAUUGAUUUGCACGCUCCAGCUUCAACUGUUAAGGACAUUACUUCCAUCUCCAUGGAACCAAACGUUGAAAUUGAAAUUACCGUCUGUGACUUGUAAACGUCUACAAAUAAAAAAAUAAAAUUAUAU